AACCUUACCCGAGAGAAAGGAUGGCCAGCACCUUCUCCAAGCUGCUGACUGGCCGCAAUGCUUCCCUGCUGUUUGCCACCCUGGGCACCAGUGCCCUAACCACGGGCUACCUGGUCAACCGGCAGAAGGUGUGUGCCGAGGUCCGAGACCAGCACAAGCUCUUCCCGCCGAGCGCUGACUACCCUGACCUGCGCAAGCACAACAACUGCAUGGCCGAGUGCCUCACCCCCUCCAUCUAUGCCAAGCUCCGCAACAAGGUGACGCCCAACGGCUACACUCUGGAUCAGUGCAUCCAGACUGGAGUGGACAACCCUGGCCACCCCUUCAUCAAGACCGUGGGCAUGGUGGCAGGCGACGAGGAGUCUUAUGAGGUGUUUGCGGACCUGUUUGACCCGGUCAUCAAACUGAGGCACAAUGGCUACGACCCCCGGGUGAUGAAGCACCCCACGGACCUGGAUGCGUCCAAGAUCACCCAGGGCCAGUUUGAUGAGCGCUACGUGCUGUCCUCGCGGGUGCGCACUGGCCGCAGCAUCCGCGGCCUCAGCCUGCCGCCCGCCUGCAGCCGCGCCGAGCGCAGGGAGGUGGAGAACGUGGCCAUCGCCGCCCUCGAGGGCCUCAAAGGGGACCUGGCGGGCCGCUACUACAAGCUAUCAGAGAUGACGGAGCAGGACCAGCAGCGGCUGAUCGACGACCACUUUCUGUUUGACAAACCAGUAUCCCCUUUACUCACAUGCGCUGGGAUGGCACGUGACUGGCCAGAUGCCAGGGGAAUCUGGCACAACUACGACAAGACGUUCCUCAUUUGGAUCAACGAGGAGGACCACACCAGGGUCAUCUCCAUGGAGAAAGGGGGCAACAUGAAGCGGGUCUUUGAGCGAUUCUGUCGUGGACUGAAGGAAGUGGAGCGGCUGAUCCAGGAGCGGGGCUGGGAGUUCAUGUGGAAUGAACGCCUGGGCUACAUCCUGACCUGCCCCUCCAACCUGGGCACGGGCCUGCGGGCGGGCGUGCACGUGCGCAUCCCGAAGCUCAGCAAGGACCCCCGCUUCUCUAAGAUCCUGGAGAACCUGAGGCUGCAGAAGCGUGGCACGGGCGGCGUGGACACGGCCGCGGUGGCCGACGUCUAUGACAUCUCCAACAUCGACCGCAUCGGCCGCUCCGAGGUGGAGCUUGUCCAGAUCGUCAUCGACGGAGUCAACUACCUGGUGGACUGCGAGAAGAAGCUGGAGCGAGGGCAGGAUAUCAGGGUGCCACCACCCCUGCCUCAGUUUGGCAAGAAGUGAUUUGCCCUCUGCACCCGAAGCCACGUGUCUGCUGGUAUGACAGACACAAAGCAGCCCCUACUUUGAGAGUUUUUGUAGACUUGGGGAAAAUGUACAAUUGUAGGUCCUGCCUAACUUUACAAUAAAACUCUCCUUAAUA